UCAAGUGAAAAUAAUAACAAUAAUAAACAGUAUCUGAAUUUUUCGCAGCGUCAUUUCGGACGUUUAAAGUAUCUCUACGUGUUUCCGGUGUCGUGGCGAUCACACACAGAACAGUUUUACUCAUCAGUCAGUAAACCGUCUGAUAAACAACACAAACAUGAUUUCGUUAACGGACUCACAGAAGAUCGGGAUGGGGCUGACGGGCUUCGGCGUGUUUUUCCUCUUCUUUGGAAUGAUUCUGUUCUUUGAUAAAGCGCUCUUGGCCAUAGGAAAUAUCUUGUUCGUCGCAGGUCUCUCAUUUGUUAUCGGACUGGAACGGACGUUCAGGUUCUUCUUCCAGCGGCAUAAAAUGAAAGCCACCGGUUUCUUUCUGGGAGGUGUUUUCGUGGUGCUCAUUGGAUGGCCGAUUAUAGGUGUCGUCCUGGAAGUCUAUGGAUUUUUCCUCCUUUUCCGGGGCUUUUUCCCAGUAGCGGUUGGCUUCAUUAGGCGGGUGCCUAUUCUUGGAUCUUUACUAAACCUUCCUGGUAUCAGUGGGUUAGUGGAUAAAGUGGGCGAGAGCAACACCAUGGUAUAACGGUCAACAGUUUAGUAUUUUCUUUUAGUUUUCUAUGAGUGGCUCAUAUUUAUAUUUGUCAUAAUAGUGCUUCUGGCUGGGCGUCUCGCUGGCCAACAUUUCUGAACGACAGAUGAGAUUUUUGAUACUUUACCUGUGAAGAAGUUCAAGUGUUUUUUCUGGGACUGAUUACCAAACCAAGUCAGGCGCUGUUUUUGUUGCUGCAUCACACGUCUCCCUCCAGGGGGCGACGGGGACCACUGAACCCCUAAAUGACCACAAGAUGGGCGGAUGACGAAGUUCCAUUGAACGAACCAUAACUGAAAGGAAUCACUGGGUUCUGAAUGAAGUCGUUACUGUUUUUUAUUGCGCUUUUAUGUGCCAACUGUUCUGUUUCACUUUUUUUUAUUUGUCAAAAUCUCAUUCUGACUUUUUCCACAUGAGCGCCACCUAGUGGAGCGGAGACUGUUUCAUCUCUUCACGCUCACGAGGGAAAUUAAGCGACCUACGUGACAUGCUGUUAUUAGACAUGACUGACUUGUUUAAGUAUUUGUAAAUACUUCAAAUGUGAGACUAAUGUACAUUUUUACCAACAAAGAUCCUGUUUAAUAAAUGGAUUAUAUCCUUGAUAGGUCUACUUGUCUGGUGUUAAACUGUGAUAGACAUCACAUUUAAAGCCUUAUAUCAGCGCUCGGUGCAAAUAUUACACAAAGAUUGUAUAUAUUGCUAGCAUGUGGUUUACAUUUUGCACUUUCAUUCAACAUUUAGUGAGUACAUUGACUAGUUCCUGUAACUAACAGUCAGCUGGAAGUGUAACAGUGUCAAUCAAACGUUUGGACAUGCCUUUAUAAAGUUCUUUAUGACUAUUUUUCACAUUUACUGAUCAAAACAUGACACAAAUGAAAAAAAAU